UGAUGAAUGACGACUGCCUUGGGUAAAAUCCCUUGGAUCUUUUUGAUCGGUCGUCAGAAGUCGGAGGAUGGCGAUGUUAAAGUGGUGUGUUGCCCUUGUGGCCUUACUAGGAAUGAUACGGGGGUACUAUGCUGUCCCUAAAAAGUGUAUAAACACCCCGUUUGACUUGGUAUUUGCCAGCGAGGAUACAGCUCGUGUAAUACCAUCAUCCGUGGAGGAAAUCAAUCGAGUGUUGAAAGCCAUAGCAGCGCAGCUGGACAUAGGAGGUCAACACAGGAUAGGGUAUAUCACCAUGACGACAAAUGCUGUUAUCACGAAUUUUGACCGAAAUGACCACACCACCCUGGCUAGCCUGAAUACCGCCAUUGAUGCUGUGAUGGACCAGAGUGCAAUACAGGGAAAUGCCCAAAUUGCUCAAGGUGUCGAUCAAAUAAGGACACAGUUCUCCAGUAACCAGAGACCAAACGUAGCCAAACUAGGCCUUGUGUUAGACGCUAGUCCUUUUAGCAGCCUAGCACUAGAUACGGCGAGUGCGACUAAUGCUGCGGCUGGUAUCAUCAUGUACGCAAUUGGUUUAGGAAAGCCAUUCAGUUCUACAGACCGAGCUGUUAGUAGUAUUGUUCAACAUCCGCCAAAUGAACGAUAUAAACGUGCCUUGACCCUUCGCGAUUUCAAUUUCUUCAGAGACGAUGUGUUAGAGAAUCCGAUCAUUCGGCUGCUUUGUCCAGGCGAUAUUGGUGGCAGAUGUGGACGGGACACUCUUUGUGAUAAAGCAGCGAACACUGUGUGUGUUCAGGGUAACUGCAAGUGUAACCCAGGGCUGCAGAACACUAAUGGCGUCUGCGUGACAGGAGGGGUCCUCGGUGAGUCGUGUAAGACAGGCGAGUGCAGCGUGCACAAUUCGGAGUGUGUGCUAGGCGUGUGCGCAUGCAUAGAACGCUUUACCCCCAUAGGGACGACGUUCUGUAAAGGCAAUCAAGAUGAUGGUGACAUCGAUCCGGGUUUAAGAGUAG